ACGGACUCAAUUAUAUGUCACUUAAUGUCAUCAUCUUCUUAUUCUUGCCACCUAUAUAUAUAUAUAUGUAUCAUCAUCCACCAUACUUGAUAACAACAUCUUGGAAAAGAAAGCCAUGAAUCCAACCUUUCUUCUUCUUUUUCUUCUUGUUUCUCCAUUACAUGCUCAAUCAGCCUCUCAUAUCACCGUCACCGGCUCAGUGUUUUGUGACGUUUGCUACGAUAACUCCUUCACCAAACACAGUUAUUUCUUACCAGGUGUGGAUGUUCACUUGCAAUGUAAAUUUCAAGCCAAUGCUCCAAAAACAAAAACUAGUGAGCAGAUUACUUUUUCAGUCAACACAACAACAAACAGAUACGGUGUUUACAUGUUGGAUAUACCAUCAGUUGAGGGGGUUGACUGUGUGGAUGGCCCGACCCUUGAGUCAUUCUGUGAAACAACCUUGAUAGGGAGCCCACUCCCCACCUGCGAUGUUCCCGCUGUAUCCACCUCAUCCAAAGAGAUAACUGUCAAAUCCAGAUCAACUAAUCUUUGUGUUUAUAGUGUAAGUGCACUCACUUAUAAACCAUCUAGCAGGAACUCAACCCUUUGCGGUGCUCAUCACAUCAACCUUGAGGAAGAAAAAAAUUCAUUGGAUUCCUCAAAGUUUUUCCUACCUUAUUUUCCUUGGCCUCAAUUCCCACCAUGGCCAUCUUUGCCACCUUUCCCUUCACUUCCUCCACUGCCACCUUUUCCUUCAUUUCCGCCGUUUCAGUUCCCUCCCCAGUCGCCUUUGCCACCACUACCUCAGUUACCACCACUACCUCAGUUGCCACCACUACCUCAGUUACCGCCAGUGUUGAAUCCUGGGACCCCUCGACCUCCGGUCAAUCCAACAACUUGGAUACCUUUUCCCAUUCAAUCAGCACCACCACCUGGGUUUAAUCCAAGAGAUCCAAGAACAUGGUUUCCCCCAUCUCCUGAUAGCCAGCAGCAGCAACCUUAGCCACUUGCUCAUAUGUACAUAUAAAGAUUCUUAUGUAAUGCUUAUACACAACCUGUAUUACCUUAUUGUAAUCAACAUAUAUAGUUGAAUUUGGUCAAAUAUAUGUAUAUCAAAAUAUAUCUCUAUAUAGUCAAAUAAAAUGUUUUAAAGCAAGGGAAAUGCGUUAAAAAAGUUGAAACUAGAGCAUGCAUGCAUCAUGUAUUACAGUUGCCACUUUAACUAAUCACUCUGCUGCCUUUCCGAAAAAAAAAAAAAAAAA